UAUGAAGAUGUCAAAUGACAGGCACUGGCAGAUAUAUCCGAGGUUGCUGACAACUCUGAACGAAACCAGCCAGUAUAAAACAUCUUCAGGCCUUUAAGCUCUUGACUCCCUUUCCAACCGUCUCUAUUCUCAACACCCUCCCCCAUCUCUCAUCCAUCAAUCCCAUCCACCAAAAUGAAAGUCUCCCCCUCCUUCAGCAAAACCGCCGACCUCCUCUCCAUCAAAAACUGGCAAUACCUGUCCAUCCUCUCCGGCAACCUCUCCGCCAUCUGCCUGCUCCUCGGCUUCGUCCUCUCCGGCAACCUCCCGCCCACCAAGCCCUGGUGGACCGCCGAGCGCUUCGAAGAGCACUACCACGCACACAUAAAAGGCACCCAAGCUGCCACCAUCUUUCUCAUGCUUGGCGGCGGCUUCUACCUCCCCUACAGCGCCAUCAUCGCCAAACGUAUGCGUCUCAUCCCCGCCCUCGACCCCAUCAUUCCCGACCUCGUCCUCGCCUGCGGUGCCUGCGGGUUCGCCGCCUUCAUGCUCGCCGCGACGUUCAUGUCUGUGCUGACCUUCCGGGACUACGGCGCCGAGACAAUCCGUCUGCUCAAUGAUCUGAUGUGGAUGGCGGCGUUCUUGCCCUGGCCCGCCUUCUGGGUGCAGAUGUGGACGGUCAGCUGGGGGAUCUUCAGCGACCCCGGGCCGAAGACGGUCUUUCCGACGAGUAUGGGGUGGGUGAAUCUGGUGACGCCGUUGGGGUUGGCGUUUGCGGCGGGGAUUCAUAUUCAGAAGGAGGGGCCGAUGGCGUGGAAUGGGGCGCUUUCGUAUUGGGUGGGACUGGCGAUGUAUGGGAUUCAAGUGUCGUAUGAUUGUUUGGUGAUGAUGAAGACGGUCAGGGAGGAGGGGAGUUUUUAGGUAGUUCUGGUGGUUGAAGGGGUAUGCGUAUCUCAUGGAUGGUAGAAGUAGAAGGAUGUUGCGGUACUGGCCGGAUAGACGUUACCAUGUCUAUCACAACACAAUACCAUGUAUGCCCUACCACCGAGUCAAGUUACAGCCUUGCUCUCGCCCAGCCCACCGCCGCAUUCCCAACUCCAACAGUCGCAGCACCCACCUGUGCAGCCCCAUUCAGAGCAGCAAGUCCCGCCCCUCCAGCCCCGGCACUUUGCAGGGUAGCGAAGGUGCUGCCGGCCGCGACAUUCCCCAACAGGCUGUGUAC